GCAAGUUACUUGUUCCAAGAUGGGCCUUAGUUAGAAACGCAAAGAGAAGAGAUAGUAAAGAGACUUGUCAAAGAUACUUAAAAAAAUGGUGCAUUGAACUGCUCGGAUGCAAGUGUGAUGAGGUUUCCCCAAAAAAUGAUGAAGUGAUGAAGCUUUACUUAAUGAAAAGACAAAGUGACUGACGGAAACAUGACGUUUGAUCAAAUGUUUGGAAUGAUCCAAACGAUGGAGGAAUCCAUAGGAAUUAUCGUAGCUGAAUAAGAUUUCAAUCAAAUCAUUUAUAUAUGUAUUACCAAAUAUGCAUUCACGUGUAUCUGAACAUUCAUGUGUUUUUACUAUUGUUGUUAGCUCCUCCUUUCCAAAACGGUCCAGCUAGUAACUAAAAAAGCACUGGCAAGGGUAAGUCCUCCUUCGUCAAGCGGACGGAGGACCAAACAAAAUGCUGCCCUUGCAUGCAUCCUUCCAUUUCCCAUCCUUCACCUACAAAUACAAAUGCAUGCAGCCUCUCUCCAAACUAGUCAUCCCCUCCCAAAUUUAUGUCCCAAUAAAGUAACAAAAUAAAGUAAAUACGUGUAGUUUUUCACAUAUGAAAUAAGUUCGUAUUAAUUAUUGUAUCUAUCUAGGCCUGUUACCAUGGAGGGGGACAAGAGUAAAACUCCAUCGUUUGCCAUUGCCUUUCUUGUGCUGCUACUUCUAGCAUCUUCGUUCCCGCCGGCGACUUCCCAGCACCAACAAGCCAGCUUCGUCAUCGGUGGCAAUGGCGGCGGCGGCGGAAACAAGCCAAGUUCAGGUAGCGCCGGCGGCGGUGGAGGGGCCGGCAGCUUCGACGACUUCAUCACCAAAAAUGUGCAGCACUACGCCGUGACCGAGCAGCUGUACGCGAGCAAGGCAAAAGCCAACGGUGGCAAGCUGCUAGACGCAGACCUGUCGGCAGCGGAGGCGGCCAAGGUGCGGUACGUGGUGAGCCCCAACGGCAAGGGCAAGUUCAGGACCAUCAGCGAGGCCAUUAAGGCCAUCCCGGAGAAGAACAAGCAGAGGGUCAUCCUUGACAUUCAGCCCGGCACAUACAAGGAGAAGUUCUUGAUCCCGACGACGAAGCCUUUUGUCACGUUCCUAGGGAACCCGAGGAACCCGCCGGUGAUCACGUGGGACGACACGGCGGGGACGCGCGGCAAGGACGGGGCGCCCAUCGGCACAUUGGGGAGCGCCACCGUGGCCAUCGAGUCCGACUACUUCAUGGCCUCUGGCAUCGUGUUCAAGAACCACGCGCCGCUGGCACCCCCCGGCGCCAAAGGCGGGCAGGCGGUGGCGCUUCGCGUCUUCGGCACCAAGGCGGCCUUCUACAACUGCACCUUUGACGGCGGGCAGGACACGUUGUACGACAACAAGGGGCUCCACUACUUCAAGAACUGCGUGGUGAAGGGCAGUGUGGACUUCAUCUUCGGCUUCGGGAGGUCGCUAUACGUGGACUGCACCAUGGUGUCGGUGACCUCGCAGGUGGCGGUGCUGACAGCACAGCAGCGGAGCCGGAGCAUCGCGGAGGCGACGGAGAGCGGCUUCUCCUUCGUAAGGUGCAAGAUCAUGGGGAUGGGGCAGAUCUACCUGGGCCGGGCCUGGGGGGACUCGUCCAGGGUGGUCUACUCGUUUACCGACAUGGGCAAGGAGGUCAUCCCGGUUGGAUGGGACGGAUGGAACGUCGAGAAGCCCGAACGGACCGGGGUGUACUACGGGGAGUACAAGUGCAGCGGGCCUGGUGCGAUGUCGACGCAGAGGAUCGGGUGGGCGAGGGUGCUCGACGACACGCAGGCCAGGCCAUUCACCGGCUCCCACUUCGUCUACGGCAACUCAUGGAUCCUGCCACCGCCCAAGUAGCUAGAUGGGCCAAAUGAGAGCCCCUUGUCCCAUUUGGGCCGGACUGGACCCACUUAAUUACUGAGGUCCAAGGACGAUUGGUACUCCCCCCGUCCACCACAAAUUACUUCAUGAAUAUGUGACUAAUGUGAUCAAAAUCAUAACCAUAAGUAAAUAUUUUUGAAUAGGAAUAUAAUGGAUAUAAAACUAUGUUAUAUAAUUUUAUAUUAAUAGAGUAAUUUGUGGUCAAAACAUUGGUCAAAGGAAAACUAAUACGUCUUUUAUUGUUGGACGGAGGUAGUAGAAUGAUAGGCUUUGGUUGGAGCCUGCGUUCACAAAAAGUGUACAAGCAUACUAAAAAGGUUUCGCUUAAAAAAAAGCAUACUAAAAAUGUGGAAUAUGUUACAGUCAAAAAAAAAUGUGGAAUAUGUGUUUUCCCUACAGAAGAGUUUUUUUUUUUUACGAAGGCAGAGUUUCCUUUUUUAUGCGGAAACAAGGAUUAUAUUAAACUGAA